GGUGCGCUGUGUCCCUUGGACACAGCGGAUCACUGAUCCACGGAAAGAGCCGAAGAUGUCGGCUCAGUCAUGGGAUCAGCUGUGUCCAAUCACAGCUGAUCACAUCAGUGAUGAUCAGUGUGCCCUGAUGAUCAGUGUAGCCCCAGCAGUGCCACCUGUCAGUGUCCAUCAGUGCCAGCUGUCAGUGUUCAUAAGUGCCACAUGCCAGUGCCCAUCAGUGCCACAUCAAUGCCACAUAUCAGUGCCUACCAGUGCACAUCAAUGCCACAUAUCAGUGCCCAUCUGAGCUGCCUUUCAGUGUCACCCAUCAGUGCCAGUCAGUGCCACCUAUCAAUGCCAGUCAGUGCCACCUAUCCCAGUGCUGCCAAUCAGUCUACAUCAGUGCCACCUAUCAGUGCGCAUCAGUGCCGCCUAACAGUGCCAGUCAGCGCCGCCUAACAGUGCC